AUGGCGAUGAUGACUGGCCGUGUGCUGCUGGUGUGUGCCCUCUGCGUGCUGUGGUGUGGUGCCUGCUGUGGUGGAUGUUCUGAAAAACCUCCAGUUCCUCCAGCUUCUCCGUCCAGUAAAGACAAGGAUCCUCCAGAAGUCGAAGAGACCACAGGUCUCGCUGCAGGAGAUGACCAAAGCGGUAAACAGAAAGCGCCACAAGCAGCAGCACCAACGGCGCCAGAAUCACAGGAAGUGCCAGCGAAAUCGUCACAGGCACCACAACCCGAAGGAAUAGUAUCAGAAACAACAAAUACAACGAAGGACAACAACGAUCAAAAAGAAGAAGGUGGUAAAAAGGGGGAAAAAGAAAAGGGGGCAGAGGAAGAGGAAGAGGAAGAGGAAGAGGAAGAGGAUGGUGCGAAAGAAAACGGGGAGACAAAGAAAGAAGAAGCUGUUACCGGCACCACAGAGGGGACCUCAGCAGGCGGUCAAGAGCAGCGAAGUUUAUCUUCUGGUGCGGAGGGAGCAUCGAAUAUAACAAAUCCCAACAGCACACAAACAACUGGAGACGAUGACCCAGCAGCUGAUGUUGCAGGGACAGCAGAGGGAAAACAAAGUGAAAAUGAAGAUGCCAAUCCGAAAGAAACACCAUUGACGGCCGCAGCCAUGAAAAAUGGCACAGCGACGCCUGGUGACAGUGACAGCAGCACCGCGGUCUCCCACACCACCUCCCCUCUUUUGCUUCUUCUUGUUGCUGCGUGUGCGGCUGCUGCUGCGGUGGUGGCCGCGUGA